AAAUUUUGUGAGUGCGAAGGCGGACACCAAGUGAGAUGCUACACGUGACAUGGAAGCAAGGCUUCUGCCGACGCAGUCGGCGCUCUAGUCUUAUCACACAUCGAUAAUGCGCGAGCUGCUCUAAUUCGAGAUGCUUUCUUCGAUCUGUUCCUUCCAUUUUCCUGAGAACUCCUCAAUAGAUUGGCCAUUGCUCAGGCUCAGAGCCUCGAUAGGGAGCAUGUUAUGCUGAUGUGCAGGUGCGUUUCUCGUUGCUGCUGGGUGGGAUCUCGAAUCAACUACGCGGAACUCAGGCUCGCUGCCUUCGGAUCGACGAAGCUCCUCGUAUUCGAAGAGAAGAGGAUCGGUUCGAGGAGCAUAGGGAUUAAAAUCCAGAACAUGCCCCCUUUUAAGAUCCCGGGUGAGCAAGAAAUCAAAGACGUCUGGAGGUCCUUGCCAAACAUCUCUAAUCUUCUGCUCCCAAAGUUCAACAACCGAUGAAACAAUGGUAGUUUUUGUGGCCGGAUCGUUCAGAAACUCGUAAUAAUUGGUGUCCCGCUGGCAUAUCCCUUGUCCUGUGGCAUCAGUGGUCUGCGUAUUGAG